GAAAUCACCAACAAGCCAUUUCGAUUCUGUACUUCAUUUUUAUCAAUCUUCAAAUUUCAGCUUUUUAUAACCUUUAGAUUCGGAAGAAAUACAACUACAGAACAUUUGUCAAUGAAGUUCUUCACCAUCAGCGGCAUUUCAACGCUCUUAUGCAUCUUAGCACCAGUGCAAGCUUUUGUAACACCGCCAUUGCGAGAUCUAAUACCAAAUGUAUUACCAGUGCCUGACCCGAAUCGAGAAUUCAGAUUCCACUGCCCAAAUGGUCCCAUAUACUCAAAAGCUCAAGCCAUGAAAGUAGUUCUGUUUGCCAAAAAAUUUAUACGUCCCGAUAAACCAGAUGAUGAAUAUCCUUUUGUAUCCACUAGACUUAGCUACAACGUUGCCGGAACAGUAUGGUAUUAUCCUAUGGCAGAGGGCCCAGGUCCACAUGAUUUCGUUGUAUUCAACACAGACGGUGAAAUAGUCGGCCUAAACAGCCGCACUCAUUAUAGUCAAACCUCCGAUGUCAUUGAACAUUGUGAAUUUGAGUAA